GUGUUGUCAUGUUGCUUAAUCAUAUGAUUAGUGAAGUUCAUUACUGGAUUUACUUAAACACCUCCUCCUCCUCUUCUUCUUCUUCAACAAGUCUGCAAAAAACACACACACACCCCUUCAUCAGAUCUUCACAAAAUGGGUCAAGUCUCCGUAAUCAUCUACAUUACACUAGCCAUUCUCCUCCUCCUCUUGAUUUCCCACUCCCCCACCACUAAACCCUCUCACCACCCUCACCGCCGCCUCAAACUCCGAUCAAACUUCUCCUUCUCCGACCACUCCAAGCCCACCCACAUCCCCUUCGACCCCAUUGUCGCCAAUAUCGAGAGAAAGAGGGAGGACAGGCUGUGGGAGAAGGCCCAGUUCCAGCUCGAUCAGCCUGCCCCGGGCCAAGAAUCACAGCCCGAGUGGGAGGAUUUUAUGGACGCUGAGGACUAUUUGAAUGAUGAGGACAAGUUUAAUGUCACUAAUAGGAUUGUGCUGUUGUUUCCGAAAAUUGAUGUGAGGCCUCAAGAUGGGGUUUUGAGUGAGGAUGAGUUCACUGAGUGGAAUGUUAAGCAGGCGCAGAGGGAGACUUUGUAUAGGAGUAAGAGGGAUAUGGAGAUUCAUGAUAAGAAUCGGGAUGGGUUGGUGUCGUAUGAUGAGUAUGAUCCGCCUAGCUGGACCAGGAAAUCAGAUAAUGAUUCAUCUGGAUAUAAUAUGGGUUGGUGGAAAGAGGAGCAUUUCAAUGCAUCAGAUGCAGAUGGAGAUGGAGUUUUAAACUUGACAGAAUUCAACAACUUUUUGCAUCCAGCUGACAGUGGUAGUCCCAUGCUAUUUCAAUGGUUGUGCAAUGAAGAAGUAAGGGAAAGAGAUACGGACAAAGAUGGCAAGCUUAAUUUUAAAGAAUUUUUUCAUGGGCUAUUUGAUCUUGUACGGAACUAUGAAGACGUUGGUCAUAAUUCGUCACAUGGGUUGGAUGACUCUAGGGAUGCUCCAGCCAAAAAGUUGUUUGCGGAGCUAGACUCAGACAAUGAUGGAUAUUUAUCAGGUACAGAACUGCUGACUAUAAUUGGAAAACUUCAUCCAUCGGAGCAUUAUUAUGCUAAACAACAGGCAGACUUUGUCAUCCAACAGGCUGAUACUGAUAAAGAUGGACAUCUGACCUUAGCUGAGAUGAUUGAUAACCCUUACGUAUUCUAUAGUGCAAUAUUCAGCGAAGAUGAAGAUGAUUAUGGGUACCAUGACGAGUUCCGUUAAUUCCAACAUAUUAGGCAGUAUCUCGGAAACAUUGAAAUUGUAGCAUACAAAAAGGUUGUACACGUAAAGGGACAUGGUGAACCUCAGAAGAACGAUAGCAAGAGAUAUAUAGGGGGUGAAUUCAAGCAUCUAGUUCUGGCUAGUAAGCUGAUCUCGAUCAUCCAACUCACCUUACACCAUUUCCCUGUUAGAUUAUAUUAUCAUCUAGCCAUAUGUAUUAGUCGUGUAUAAGGGGACUCUUUCAUAUUCUUCGAUUCACACACAUUUGUAAAUCAUCUUUCUGGUAUAGUAAAAUUUGCUUUCCAAGUCA